AUGCAUACUCUGUGUCUCUAUGUAGCUCCCAAUUGUAACAUGAGACAAUUUCCACGAUUGGCCGAUUACGAAGGCUCAAAUAUGUCGGGGUUUCGCUAUCGCCCAGAGAUUCUAAAGGGAAUGUCAGACUACGAGACGGAGUAUCUUAAGCAGUACGAAAACUGGUUUAUCCUCGAGCCAAAGGAUCUAAAACGCAUCACAGACCAUUUCGUAACGAAAUUGAACAAGGGACUCUCAAAGGAAGGAGGCACUAUCCCCAUGAAUCCAUGCUGGAUCAUGGGAUUUCCCUCCGGCCAUGAGACAGGUCGUGUUCUGACACUAGAUAUGGGUGGAACAAACCUGCGCAUAUGCAGAGUCUGUCUGUCAAGCCGCAAGAGAGACUUUGAACAGUUCCAACGAAAAAUUCAACUCCCAGAGGAACUCAAAACCGGGACUGGGGAGCAACUUUGGAACUUUGUCGCCGAAUGCCUAGAAUUGUUCCUCAAGGAGCAUCAUAUCGAGAGUGAUGAUGAUGAUGAUGAUGAUGAUGAUGAUGAUGGCAUCGUACCUUUGUCAUUUACUUAUUCGUUUUCCGUCGAGCAGAAGUCCAUACGGAGCGGGAUUCUGCAACGCUGGACGAAGAACUUAGAUGUAUUCGGAAUGAAAGGACAGGAUGUAAUCCCGCAGCUUAAAGCUGCCUUUAAGAGACAUAGCCUGCCGGCGAGAAUAGUCGCGCUCCUCAACGACACCACGGGCACCUUGAUUGCAUCACACUACCGGGAUCCCAAGGUCAAACUGGGGAGUAUCUUCAGCACAGGCUGUAAUGCGGCUUACAUGGAGGAACGCAAGUUGAUCCAGAAACUUGAAGGCGCUGCGCUACCAGAAAAGGCCACUGUUAUCAUCAACACCGAAUAUGGUGCAUUUGAUAACGACAGGAAGGUCUUGCCAUUUACUCCAUUUGACUCGCAAUCGAUGGAACAUCAGGAUGGUAUCUGGAUUUUCGACGGAAGUUUGAGCCUUUCGCCCGAUCUCAACGAUUUGAAGGUGUGUCGGUAUCUGAUCGGCCUCGUCGCCACACGGGCAGCGCGUCUCUAUGCUUGCGGAAUAGCUGCUAUCUGCAAGAAGAAGAAGAACAUAAAGAGGUGUCAUGUUGGUGUUGAUGGCUCCGUGUUCAACAAAUAUAGCGGAUUCAAGGGCCGAGCUGCACAAGGACUGCGUGACAUCUUUGACUGGCCGCCUGAUGAGCAGGAAUUGAUCGCGCUCAAUCCGUCCGAGGAUGGCUCGAGCGUAGGAGCAGCAUUGGCUGCAGCAUUGAUUAUUGAAGGAGAGCAAAAGGCCAAACCAUUGUAUUAG